AUGGGGUGUCGCUUUAGUAUCGGUCUUUACGCUCAUUCCAUCGUGGAAAGCGAAGCGCCAAGCAGCAAACCUGUCGCCCGAUCACCAGAUUCGCUCGCUUACGACGACGCAGCUACGUUCCGAGAAUCACCUACGGUUGGAACUACGGCCGCCCUAAAGGAAUCGAAGGCACUGUACCGCGUCAGCUGCCCGGGUCUGAGCGAAUGCGUGCCGUUGGCCGAAUGUCCGGAGCUGCUGCUCGAGAUUUCCCGCCAGUGCUACCGGGGUGACUUUUCGCUCUCAUGUGGCGUCAACGAGUACGAACCCCAUGUCUGCUGUCCACGCGUAACGGCUCCGACCUUCAACGACCAGCGCCAAACGGCCGCUUGUGGGAAAAGCAUCGUUCAGGGUGACUUUUACAACGGGCUCGGUGCGUUCCCGUUCGUGGCACGAAUUGGGUUUAAAAACACAAAAACGGGCACGUUCAUCUAUCCCUGUUCCGGGUCCAUCAUCGCACGCCAGAUCGUCCUCACAUCGGCUCACUGCGCCCUGGCCAAAGCCGACAGCCACCGUCUGUCAGCCGUUCGUGUGGGGGAUUACGAUACACGCACCGAUCCGGAUUGCGGAAGUACCGGAUUCUGUGCACCGGUCGCGAUCAACCACGCCGUCAGCCAGAUCAUCGUCCAUCCGGACUACAUCGAGGGUCAGUACCACCAUGACAUUGCGCUGCUGAUACUUCGCUCGCCCAUCAACUACACGGUGGCCUCGCAACCGAUAUGUCUGCAUGGCCGCAAGCAGGAUCUAACCGUGGGCCGUCGGGUACAGAUCAUCGGUUGGGGUAAGCUCUCAACCGCUGGGUCUAAAUCACCCGAACUCCAAAGUCUGGAGGUCCCGCUGACGUCCUGGGACAAGUGUGUCCGAGCGUACGCUUCCACCGGUGCACUGCAAUCACCGCAAUCGAUCGAUGGUGAGUGGAUGUGUGCUGGUGGUGAGGGUCGAGAUGCAUGCCACGGAUUUGGAGGUGCACCACUGAUCAUACGCGAUCAGGGUCGGUAUGCGCAGAUUGGCAUUAUGUCGUUUGGGGCCGAGACUUGUGGGGCACUAAACAUGCCCAGUGUGUACACCUCGAUCGCACACUACGCGCCGUGGAUUGAGGCAAACUCACCGAAGGCGUUCGUGUGA